UUUACCUAGCAUAUCUGAUAUUCGUUGUGAGGUUCCCGAACUUAAAGGAGAUAACUUUAAGAUAUGGAAGGAGAGAAUUCUUCUUCAAUUAGGGUGCAUGGACAUAGAUUAUGCUAUAAGGAAAGAUGAACCGCAUAAGAUCACAGAUACCAGCACACCUGAACAAAUUUUAUUGUACGAACGCUGGGAGAAAUCUAAUCGCCUUAGCGUGAUGUACAUUAAGACAAAAAUCAGUGCUGGUAUACGUGGUUCAAUCGAGCAACAUGAGAAUGUCCGUGAAUUGCUAAAGGCUAUUGACGAGCAAUUCGUCACUUCAGAUAAAGCCUUGGCAAGCACCCUAAUUAUGAAGUUCACAUCCCUGAAGCUCACCGGUGUAAGAGGUGUGCGUGAACAUAUCAUGGAGAUGAGGGACAUUGUGGCUCAAUUGAAGAAACUCGAGGUAGAAAUGUCUGAAUCUUUCUUGGUGCACUUUAUUCUUAACACUCUUCCACCUCAGUAUGGACCUUUCAAAAUCUCUUACAACACACAUAAGGAUAAGUGGUCUAUCAAUGAAUUGAUGACCAUGUGUGUUCAAGAGGAAGGAAGGUUAUUGAUGGAACAAGGAGAAAGUGCCAUGCUGGUGACGCAAAGGAAAGGAAAGAAAGGAAAAUCUCAAGCCAGUCAGAAAGGGAAGCAACAAAUUUCUCCUAAAUCUGACAUUAAGAAAGACGAAAAGUGUUUUUUCUGUAAAAAGAAAGGGCACGUGAAGAAGAAAUGUCUGAAAUUUCAGAAUUGGCUUGAGAAGAAAGGGUAUGCAAAACCUAAGGAAGCCAGUGACAAGUGAGCAAUUCAUCUUAUCCGGAAACAAGAUGGGCUCGCAUGUGGAAGCAAUAGGGACAUGUUAUUUAACUUUAAAUAGUGGUUUUGUUUUAGAAUUGCAAAAGACUUUUUAUGUACCAAGUUUCUCACGAAACUUGAUUUCAGUUUCUAGACUUGUACCGUUUGGAUAUUCCUUUCAUUUUUCAGAAACAUCUUUCAGUUUGAUUUAUAAAUCUGAAUGUGUUGGGAAUGGUAUCUUGUCUGAUGGUCUUUAUUGUAUAUUCUUACAAAAUGAUACUGCUCAUAAUUCAUUGCAUGUCCAAACUGGCAUUAAGAGAUGUGUUGUAAAAGAGGAUUCCUCUACAUUGUGGCACCGGAGAUUAGGUCAUAUCUCCAUAGAUAGAAUCAAAAGAUUGGUGAAUGAUGGGGUACUUAGUACUCUAGAUUUUAC